UCACUCUGCUUUCUUCAAGUUUCUUCAGUCACUUCUGGAGAAUCUCAUCGCUUGUUGAAAGUCUUUUAGGGCCGUUAUUGUAGAGGAGUUAAUACUAAGCACCUGAUCGUCAAUGGCUGGAGAAGCUGUUAAAGAGCGCACGUUGGAGGAAACUCCGACGUGGGCGCUUGCCGUGGUUUGCUUUGUGCUGAUUGCUAUAUCGGUGUUGAUUGAACAUCUCAUUCACAUGGUGGGAAAGUGGUUGAAUAAGCAUCACAAACGAGCUCUUUUUGAAGCACUUGAGAAAGUCAAAGCAGAGCUAAUGCUCAUGGGAUUUUUAUCGUUCCUGCUAACGAUUGGACAAGGACCCAUUUCUGAAAUUUGUGUUCCAAAGAGCAUUGGAAACACGUGGCAUCCCUGCAGCAAAAAGGAGGAAGAUGAAAAAUAUUCAGGCAGCGGCCGAAGACUUCUUUCCUUUUUGGAUUCAACCUCAAGCUCUCGCCGAAGUUUAGCAGCUGCAAAAGGUGACAAAUGCGCGGAAAAGGACAAAGUUGCAUUGGUGUCUGCAUAUGGUAUUCACCAGUUACAUAUAUUCAUCUUUAUAUUGGCUAUUCUUCAUAUUGUCUACUGCAUCACCAUCUUGGUGCUGGGAAGAACCAAGAUGAAGAAAUGGAAAGUCUGGGAAGAUGAGACAAAGACCAUUGAGUACCAAUACUACAAUGAUCCAGAGAGAUUUAGAUUUGCAAGAGACACAUCAUUUGGGCGUAGACAUUUGACCAUAUGGAGCGAGUCAUCAUUUAGCCUGUGGAUUGUUUGCUUCUUCAGGCAAUUCUUUGGAUCUGUUGCAAAAGUUGAUUACCUCACAUUGAGACAUGGAUUUAUCAUGGCACAUUUGGCUCCUCGAAGUGAAACAAUGUUUGAUUUUAAUAAAUACAUCAGCAGAUCACUUGAAGAAGAUUUCAUAGUUGUGGUGGGGAUCAGUCCAAUUCUGUGGUUUGUUGCAAUGUUGUUCCUGCUCACCAACACACAUGGCUGGUUUGCGUAUCUUUGGUUACCAUUUUUUCCCUUAAUUAUAAUUCUGCUGGUGGGUGCGAAGCUACAAGUAAUCAUAACUAAACUUGGUUUGCGGAUUCAAGACAGAGGCGAUGUGGUGAAGGGUGCGCCGGUGGUGAAGCCAGGCGACGACCUUUUCUGGUUUGGACGCCCGCGCUUCAUACUCUUUCUCAUUCACUUGCUUCUCUUUCAGAAUGCAUUUCAGCUUGCUUUCUUCAUAUGGACUACAUACGAAUUCACUAUAAAAUCUUGCUUCCACCACAGCAUAGUGGAUAUUGUCAUCAGAACCUCAAUGGGGGUGCUCAUACACAUUCUCUGCAGUUACGUGACUCUGCCACUCUAUGCUUUAGUGACACAGAUGGGUUCGACAAUGAAACCGACAAUCUUCAACGAUCGAGUAGCAGCAGCCCUCAAAAACUGGCAUCAAAAGGCGAAAGAACACACGAAACAUCAACAUGGCAAGCAUUCUGAGGCGACAACACCCGUUUCAAGCAGGCCACAAACUCCAUCUCAUGGAAUGUCUCCGGUUCAUCUUUUGCAUAACUAUCCUAACAGUAGCACUGACAGCCACCAUCCUUCGCCGUCAAGACCUUCCAGCUUCGGUAACGGACAAUGGGACCCUAAGAGCCGCCAUUUGCAUUCCCAUAACCGCAAUGAAAUCAAUGAAUCUCAUCACCAUGGAGAUUCAAGUGCCCCUAAACAAGAAAUAGUAGCAGUGCCACAACAAAGCUCAAUGCAGUCACCUUCAGGACCUGGUCCUGUUCCGGCACAACAUGAAAUCAAUAUGAGUCUAUCGGAAUUUUCAUUUACAUAAUUAUUUAAUCAAUGUGGUUAAAUUUGAUUAAAUAAUUUUAAAGUGGAAAAAAAAAAUCAUUUAAUUGUAUUAUAUAUACUGUCAAAUCAAUAGUCAUUAUCAGAGGUUCACUCUCUGUACAUGACAUAGCCUGGAGCUUCCAGCCUGCAUAAAAAUAACAUGCAGGGAAUAGCGGAUAUAAAUAAAUGGGUUCACUCUUCAUUUUCA